UUUUCCCAGAAAAAAAAAUUAAAAAUAUAUAUCAUUGUGAAAUUUAAAUUAGGUGCAAAUGAUUUUUAAUAAUUUUAGAAUUUGAGUGAACGAACCUCGGUUUGUUCCUCAGAACAUAUAUUGAAUAUACUACAUGUCUUUAUUUUUUUCUGUCGGUGAACAACAUUUCUACCAGAAAACAUUGCUCCAAACUAUGGACUGUAGCACCUGUAAUGAGUAACAUAAAAUAACAUUUAUUCAAUACGUUUUAUUGUAAUCAACUGAAUAAACAAUAUCUAUCAUGAAUUUAUUUUUAAUUUUAUAUUUUGAUUUUGAGCAGCUGGCGGGCUGGGAUAAUAUCUCACUGGCCCGGUAUGACACUAAUAAUGUGUCCAUAAACAGAGUUGGCUCAAAGUCUAAUUUAAGUUUAAGAAUUGAGGAAACCUGUGUCUGUGUAUAUACAUAAUUCUACACGGACGCGAUUUCGUAAAAGUAAUGAAUUUUGCAAUAAAAAAAAAAAUUAUAUUUUAAAUGGAAUUCUUUUUUUCCUUACUCCACCACCAGCAGUUCCAGGACCACGACGUAAGUUAUAUAUUAAAUAUUUCAUAUAGUCUAUCCAUUUUCAACGUGAUUUGAAUUAGGGUUUAAUUUUACUUACGAGUUCCUAUUUAUCGAUCGACGAUUCGGAUUUCCGAAAUCGUUUUCAACUCUAGUUAGAAUAUUAACAUAUGUGAUAUAACAUCAUCUUUUUAAAAUGUUAUAGAUUAUAAUACUGAGAAAAUAUCAACUUUAUUUGAUAUAAUAUUUGUGCCCAAAAAUUAGUUCAUCCGAUAGNAUUAGUUUGGCAUUAACAUCAACGAAGUUCAGAUUGAAUAUCGUGUAAUUUAAACUAGCCAUCGGAAAUGAAAUAAUUUUUAAUUAUUUAUAGCAGAAUAAUGAACAUUUUCCGUGAUAAAUUGACUAUUGAUAGUGAUCAAUUAUAAAAUUGUCUUAAAGUUUUAUCUGAGGACAACCCAUCAGUUUCGCGUAUCCCGAAUAUUCUCGAACAAGUAUUUUAAAAUGUAAUACAUAAUAAUUGGCGCUCGUUAGACCUGAAGUUAGGGGAGACUAGCAUAAAAUAUGAUACUUUUAUUCGAGAGGGAAUUUACCUCGUAUGCUUCAAUACUACUAUAGUGAACUACAAAAAAUUCUAUAAAAUUUGUGACUAAUAUCGGUUAUAGUUAGAAAAUAAUUUCGUAGCUAUCCACGGAAGAUAUACAUAUAAACAUAGGAUAAUAUUAUGAUUUCGGGUACGAUUACUUUUUAAUGUUUAGUCCAAAACUAAAGCGUUCAACACAGUGUUAACCGUGAAUUCCUGAACUUAAAACGGAAAGAAAAUAACACUAAGAAAAAACCAAAUUAUCCUAUGAUGAUGUUUGUGUUCAAUUAAUUGGAUUAACAGAUAGAUAUGCAUUCCGCUACAAAAUAUUUUUCAGAUAUUUUUAAAGCUUUAAUGAAUGUUUGCUGUAUUUCCGGCCAUUAAUAGUGAUGAAUUUUGCAAUACAAAUAGAAAAUAUAUUUUAAAUGGAAUUCUUAUUUUUAUUACUCCAGCACCAGCAGUUCCAGGACCACGACGUAAGUUAUAUAUUAAAUAUUUCAUAUAGUCUAUACAUUUUCAAGCUGAAUUGAAUUAGGGUUUAAUUUUACUUACGAGUUCCUAUUUAUCGAUCGACGAUUCGGAUUUCCGAAAUCGUUUUCAACUCUAGUUAGAAUAUUAACAUAUGUGAUAUAACAUCAUCUUUUUAAAAUGUUAUAGAUUAUAAUACUGAGAAAAUAUCAACUUUAUUUGAUAUAAUAUUUGUGCCCAAAAAUUAGUUCAUCUGAUAGAUAUGCGAUCUGCUACGAAACAAUAUUCGGCAAUUUAUAACGCUAGAACGAAGGUUUAAUGUAUUGCCAUUCAUUAUUUGUGAUAAAUUUUACAACACAAUAUUUAAAAUGAUAUUUUCCUUUUUUUACUCUAGCACCAACCAGUCCCGGACCACGACGUAAGUUAUAUAUUAAUAUUUUCAAAGAGUCUAACCGUUUUUUACUAAUAUUGAAUUAAGGUUUUAUUAUUCUUACUAGUUCUAAUUUAUCGUUCUACUUUUCGGAUUUCUGAAAUCGUUUUCACCUCUAGUUAUAAUAUUAACAAAUGUGAUAUAACAUCGUCUUUUUAAAAUGUUAUAGAUUAUAUUACUGAGAAAAUAUCAACUUUAUUUGAUAUAAUAUUUGUGCCCAAAAAUUAGUUCAUCUGAUAGAUAUGCAAUCUGCUACGAAACAAUAUUCGGCAAUUUACAACGCUAGAAUGAAGGUUUAAUGUAUUGCCAUUCAUAAUUUGUGUAAAUUUUACAAUACAAUAUUUAAAAUGAUAUUUUUCUUUUUUUACCCUAGCACCAGCAAUUCCAGGACCACAAUGUAAGUUAUAUAUUAAACAUUUCAUAUAGUCUAUCUGUUUUCAACCUGAAUUUAAUUAGGGUUUAAUUUUUCUUACGAGUUCCUAUUUAUCGAUCCACGAUUCGGAUUGCUGGAAUAUUUUUCAAUUCUGAAUUACCUAAUGUGUCUAUAAAUUCUCUAAAUUUAUGAAUUUUAAAUACUGAAUAAUAAAUAUUUAAAAAUACUUUUAAAAAGUCCGUGCGGAAUAUUUCUGUUGUGGUCAUUGUGUAUCUUUGUGUUAAAAAUGCACCGAUGAUAACUGACAAAAUGUAUAAACUUAGUAUAACUUAUUAUAAAACAUUUUCCUUCUGAAUAAAAUUAGUUUGGCAUUAACAUCAACGAAGUUCAGAUUGAAUAUCGUGUAAUUUAAACUAGCCAUCGGAAAUGAAAUAAUUUUUAAUUAUUUAUAGCAGAAUAAUGAACAUUUUCCGUGAUAAAUUGACUAUUGAUAGUGAUCAAUUAUAAAAUUGUCUUAAAGUUUUAUCUGAGGACAACCCAUCAGUUUCGCGUAUCCCGAAUAUUCUCGAACAAGUAUUUUAAAAUGUAAUACAUAAUAAUUGGCGCUCGUUAGACCUGAAGUUAGGGGAGACUAGCAUAAAAUAUGAUACUUUAAUUCGAGAGGGAAUUUACCUCGUAUGCUUCAAUACUACUAUAGUGAACUACAAAAAAUUAUAUAAAAUUUGUGUCUAAUAUCGGUUAUAGUUAGAAAAUAAUUUCGUAGCUAUCCACGGAAGAUAUACAUAUAAACAUAGGAUAAUAUUAUGAUUUCGGGUACGAUUACUUUUUAAUGUUUAGUUCAAAACUAAAGCGUUCAACACAGUGUUAACCGUGAAUUCCUGAACUUAAAACGGAAAGAAAAUAACACUAAGAAAAAACCAAAUUAUUCUGAGAUGAUGUUUGUGUUCAAUUAUUGGAUUAACAGAUAGAUACGCAUUCCGCUACAAAAUAUUUUUCAGAUAUUUUUAAAGCUUUAAUGAAUGUUUGCUGUAUUUCCGGCCAUUAAUAGUGAUGAAUUUUGCAAUACAAAUAGAAAAUAUAUUUUAAAUGGAAUUCUUAUUUUUAUUACUCCAGCACCAGCAGUUCCAGGACCACGACGUAAGUUAUAUAUUAAAUAUUUCAUAUAGUCUAUACAUUUUCAAGCUGAAUUGAAUUAGGGUUUAAUUUUACUUACGAGUUCCUAUUUAUCGAUCGACGAUUCGGAUUUCCGAAAUCGUUUUCAACUCUAGUUAUAAUAUUAACAUAUGUGAUAUAACAUCAUAUUUUUAAAAUGUUAUAGAUUAUAAUACUAAGAAAAUAUCAACUUUAUUUGAUAAAAUAUUUGUGCCUAAAAAUUAGUUCAUCUGAUAGAUAUGCAAUCUGCUACGAAACAAUAUUCGGCAAUUUAUUACGCUAGAAUGAAGGUGUUAUGUCUUCCCAUUCAUUAUUUGUGAUAAAUUUUACAAUACAAUAUUUAAAAUGAUAUUUUUCUUUUUUUACCCUAGCACCAGCAAUUCCAGGACCACAAUGUAAGUUAUAUAUUAAAUAUUUCAUAUAGUCUAGCCAUUUUCAACCUGAAUUAAAUUAGGGUUUAAUUUUACUUACGAGUUCCUAUUUAUCGAUCCACGAUUCGGAUUGCUGGAAUAUUUUUCAAUUCUGAAUUACAUAAUGUGUCUAUAAAUUCUCUAAAUUUAUGAAUUUUAAAUACUGAAUAAUACAUAUUUAAAAAUACUUUUAAAAAGUCCGUGCGGAAUAUUUCUGUUGUGGUCAUUGUGUUUCUUUGUGUUAAAAAUGCACCGAUGAUAACUGACAAAAUGUAUAAACUUAGUAUAACUUAUUAUAAAACAUUUUCCUUCUGAAUAAAAUUAGUUUGGCAUUAACAUCAACGAAGUUCAGAUUGAAUAUCGUGUAAUUUAAACUAGCCAUCGGAAAUGAAAUAAUUUUUAAUUAUUUAUAGCAGAAUAAUGAACAUUUUCCGUGAUAAAUUGACUAUUGAUAGUGAUCAAUUAUAAAAUUGUCUUAAAGUUUUAUCUGAGGACAACCCAUCAGUNAAUUUUACAAUACAAUAUUUAAAAUGAUAUUUUUCUUUUUUUACCCUAGCACCAGCAAUUCCAGGACCACAAUGUAAGUUAUAUAUUAAAUAUUUCAUAUAGUCUAUCCAUUUUCAACCUGAAUUGAAUUAGGGUUUAAUUUUACUUACGAGUUCCUAUUUAUCGAUCAACGAUUCGGAUUUCCGAAAUCGUUUUCAACUCUAGUUAUAAUAUUAACAUAUGUGAUAUAACAUCAUAUUUUUAAAAUGUUAUAGAUUAUAAUACUAAGAAAAUAUCAACUUUAUUUGAUAAAAUAUUUGUGCCUAAAAAUUAGUUCAUCUGAUAGAUAUGCAAUCUGCUACGAAACAAUAUUCGGCAAUUUAUUACGCUAGAAAGAAGGUUUAAUGUAUUCCUAUUCAUUAUAUGUGAUAAAUUUUACAAAACAAUAUUUAAAAUGAUAUUUUUCUUUUUUUACCCUAGCACCAGCAAUUCCAGGACCACAAUGUAAGUUAUAUAUUAAAUAUUUCAUAUAGUCUAUCCGUUUUCAACCUGAAUUGAAUAAGGGGUUUAAUUUUUCAUACGAGUUCCUAUUUGUCGAUCCACGAUUCGGAUUGCUGGAAUAUUUUUCAAUUCUGAAUUACAUAAUGUGUCUAUAAAUUCUCUAAAUUUAUGAAUUUUAAAUACUGAAUAAUACAUAUUUAAAAAUACUUUUAAAAAGUCCGUGCGGAAUAUUUCUGUUGUGGUCAUUGUGUAUCUUUGUGUUAAAAAUGCACCGAUGAUAACUGACAAAAUGUAUAAACUUAGUAUAACUUAUUAUAAAACAUUUUCCUUCUGAAUAAAAUUAGUUUGGCAUUAACAUCAACGAAGUUCAGAUUGAAUAUCGUGUAAUUUAAACUAGCCAUCGGAAAUGAAAUAAUUUUUAAAUAUUUAUAGCAGAAUAAUGAACAUUUUCCGUGAUAAAUUGACUAUUGAUAGUGAUCAAUUAUAAAAUUGUCUUAAAGUUUUAUCUGAGGACAACCCAUCAGUUUCGCGUAUCCCGAAUAUUCUCGAACAAGUAUUUUAAAAUGUAAUACAUAAUAAUUGGCGCUCGUUAGACCUGAAGUUAGGGGAGACUAGCAUAAAAUAUGAUACUUUUAUUCGAGAGGGAAUUUACCUCGUAUGCUUCAAUACUACUAUAGUGAACUACAAAAAAUUAUAUAAAAUUUGUGUCUAAUAUCGGUUAUAGUUAGAAAAUAAUUUCGUAGCUAUCCACGGAAGAUAUACAUAUAAACAUAGGAUAAUAUUAUGAUUUCGGGUACGAUUACUUUUUAAUGUUUAGUCCAAAACUAAAGCGUUCAACACAGUGUUAACCGUGAAUUCCUGAACUUAAAACGGAAAGAAAAUAACACUAAGAAAAAACCAAAUUAUUCUGAGAUGAUGUUUGUGUUCAAUUAUUGGAUUAACAGAUAGAUACGCAUUCCGCUACAAAAUAUUUUUCAGAUAUUUUUAAAGCUUUAAUGAAUGUUUGCUGUAUUUCCGGCCAUUAAUAGUGAUGAAUUUUGCAAUACAAAUAGAAAAUAUAUUUUAAAUGGAAUUCUUCUUUUUAUUACUCCAGCACCAGCAGUUCCAGGACCACGAUGUAAGUUAUAUAUUAAAUAUUUCAUACAGUCUAUCCAUUAUCAACCUGAAUUGAUUUAGGGUAUAAUUUUACUUACGAGUUCCUAUUUAUCGAUCAACGAUUCGGAUAGUGAUGAAUUUUGCAAUACAAAUAGAAAAUAUAUUUUAAAUGGAAUUCUUAUUUUUAUUACUCCAGCACCAGCAGUUCCAGGACCACGACGUAAGUUAUAUAUUAAAUAUUUCAUAUAGUCUAUCCAUUUUCAACGUGAUUUGAAUUAGGGUUUAAUUUUACUUACGAGUUCCUAUUUAUCGAUCAACGAUUCGGAUUUCCGAAAUCGUUUUCAACUCUAGUUAUAAUAUUAACAUAUGUGAUAUAACAUCAUAUUUUUAAAAUGUUAUAGAUUAUAAUACUAAGAAAAUAUCAACUUUAUUUGAUAAAAUAUUUGUGCCUAAAAAUUAGUUCAUCUGAUAGAUAUGCAAUCUGCUACGAAACAAUAUUCGGCAAUUUAUUACGCUAGAAAGAAGGUUUAAUGUAUUCCUAUUCAUUAUAUGUGAUAAAUUUUACAAAACAAUAUUUAAAAUGAUAUUUUUCUUUUUUUACCCUAGCACCAGCAAUUCCAGGACCACAAUGUAAGUUAUAUAUUAAAUAUUUCAUAUAGUCUAUCCGUUUUCAACCUGAAUUGAAUAAGGGGUUUAAUUUUUCAUACGAGUUCCUAUUUGUCGAUCCACGAUUCGGAUUGCUGGAAUAUUUUUCAAUUCUGAAUUACAUAAUGUGUCUAUAAAUUCUCUAAAUUUAUGAAUUUUAAAUACUGAAUAAUAAAUAUUUAAAAAUACUUUUAAAAAGUCCGUGCGGAAUAUUUCUGUUGUGGUCAUUGUGUUUCUUUGUGUUAAAAAUGCACCGAUGAUAACUGACAAAAUGUAUAAACUUAGUAUAACUUAUUAUAAAACAUUUUCCUUCUGAAUAAAAUUAGUUUGGCAUUAACAUCAACGAAGUUCAGAUUGAAUAUCGUGUAAUUUAAACUAGCCAUCGGAAAUGAAAUAAUUUUUAAUUAUUUAUAGCAGAAUAAUGAACAUUUUCCGUGAUAAAUUGACUAUUGAUAGUGAUCAAUUAUAAAAUUGUCUUAAAGUUUUAUCUGAGGACAACCCAUCAGUUUCGCGUAUCCCGAAUAUUCUCGAACAAGUAUUUUAAAAUGUAAUACAUAAUAAUUGGCGCUCGUUAGACCUGAAGUUAGGGGAGACUAGCAUAAAAUAUGAUACUUUAAUUCGAGAGGGAAUUUACCUCGUAUGCUUCAAUACUACUAUAGUGAACUACAAAAAAUUAUAUAAAAUUUGUGUCUAAUAUCGGUUAUAGUUAGAAAAUAAUUUCGUAGCUAUCCACGGAAGAUAUACAUAUAAACAUAGGAUAAUAUUAUGAUUUCGGGUACGAUUACUUUUUAAUGUUUAGUCCAAAACUAAAGCGUUCAACACAGUGUUAACCGUGAAUUCCUGAACUUAAAACGGAAAGAAAAUAACACUAAGAAAAAACCAAAUUAUCCUAUGAUGAUGUUUGUGUUCAAUUAAUUGGAUUAACAGAUAGAUAUGCAUUCCGCUACAAAAUAUUUUUCAGAUAUUUUUAAAGCUUUAAUGAAUGUUUGCUGUAUUUCCGGCCAUUAAUAGUGAUGAAUUUUGCAAUACAAAUAGAAAAUAUAUUUUAAAUGGAAUUCUUAUUUUUAUUACUCCAGCACCAGCAGUUCCAGGACCACGACG